CCGGUCAGAGUAAGCUUUAUUUUUUAUCACAGGAGGCUUGUCAGCAUGAAAUAAAAACAAAUUACUUGAGGCAAAGAUUUUUUUUUUUCCUUAACUGAGUUUCAGCAAACUUCAGACCCAGACACAGGACUCAACGGUAUAUUUCCUGGACAGCAAGGUGCUAUCAUGGCAACCACAAUCUGUUUCCUCAUCUGGGUGGCAUUCAUAACAGAUUCUGUGUGGACUCGAACUGUGAGACAGGUCUAUGAGGUCCAUGAUCCAGAGGAUUUUAAUGAGCAAGACUUCGAUUGUCCCAGGGAAUGUUUCUGUCCCCCCAGUUUUCCUACUGCUUUAUACUGCGAAAAUCGUGGUCUCAAAGAAAUCCCUGCUAUUCCUUCAAGGAUCUGGUAUCUUUAUCUUGAAAACAACCUGAUAGAAACCAUUCCUGAGAAGCCAUUUGAGAAUGCCACCCAGCUGAGGUGGAUCAAUCUAAACAAGAACAAAAUAACCAACGAUGGAAUUGAAAGAGGAGCCCUCAGCCAACUAAAGAAGCUGCUUUUCUUAUUUCUGGAAGAUAAUGAGCUAGAGGAGGUUCCUUCUCCAUUGCCAAGAAGUUUAGAGCAAUUACAAUUAGCUAGAAACAAGGUGUCUAGAAUUCCUCAAGGGACCUUUAGCAAUCUGGAGAACCUGACCCUUCUUGACCUGCAACACAAUAAACUAUUAGACAAUGCCUUUCAAAGGGACACCUUUAAGGGACUUAAGAACCUCAUGCAGCUAAAUAUGGCCAAGAAUGCCCUGAGGAAUAUGCCACCAAGAUUACCAGCCAACACAAUGCAACUGUUUUUAGACAACAAUUCCAUUGAGGGAAUACCAGAAAAUUAUUUUAAUGUGAUCCCUAAAGUGGCCUUCUUGAGACUCAACCACAACAAGUUAUCCGAUUCAGGUCUCCCUUCUAGUGGUUUUGAUGUGUCAUCCAUUCUGGAUCUCCAGCUGUCUCACAACCGACUCACAAAGGUGCCCCGAAUCAAUGCUCAUCUGCAGCACCUGCACCUGGACCAUAACAAAAUUAGAAAUGUGAACGUCUCUGUAAUAUGUCCUGCCACUACCACACUGCCUGCAGACCAAGACUCCUUCAGUUACGGACCUCAUCUGAGCUACCUGCGUCUGGAUGGAAAUGAAAUCAAACCACCAGUCCCAAUGGAUUUAAUGAAUUGUUUCAGGCUCCUUCAAACUCUCAUUAUUUAAACACAUUUUCAACAAUCUAAAAUUGAUUUAAUACACUAAUAUUUCCGACACGAUAUUUGGAUAAUAUUCAUAGGUUUAAAACAGAAAUCACAUUUCCAGUUGUUCUAGGCCGCCAUUUUCAUCUGUGCAGUUUAGUUUUUCUAUUCAAAGAGGCUUCUUUCACAGUAGAAUAGACUAUUUUUUUAAGAGAGAGAGAGAGAGAGAGAGAGAGAGACAUGAGUUGCCUCCUGUACAUUCCCCAACCAAGGACUGAACCUGCAACCUGGGUAUGUGCCCUGACUGGGAAUCGAACCCACAAACAUUUGGUGUAUGGUACGAUCUCCAGCCAACUGAGCCAUCUGGCCAGGGCCAGCCUACAAUUUUUAAAUAAAUAAAACAGACACAGAGUUAAGUAAUUAACUCAAAGAUAUUUUUUGUCUCUUUCACAGUGUAUUAAUACCAAAUAAUGCAAUUGUAUUGUUGUGCCAUAGAAAGAACAUAUCUGUUUGCAUAUGUUCAAAAUUGCUUAUGCAGAUACUAUAUUUACCAUAGAAAUAUAGUAACCUAAUAAGAGAUAGGACGAUCUGUAGAAAAUAAAAAAAUGAGACCUUUUAAAUUAUAAUUAUAAAGAAAUGAUUAAAUUCAGAUAGCUAAGUAGUUUUUGUAGGUUGAAGUUUAGUAUUUAGUCCAAAAAUAGGUAUGAAAUACAUCAAGUACUUCAUGAGAGAGUUUUUUAGUCAUUUAAUACCAAAUGUCAGAGCAACAGCCAUUUUUAGUUUACUACUAAUUUCUGUAGCCGCUGUUCCUAGAUAUAGUACAAUGAACUCCAGCAAUUAAACGCCUACAUUUUUUACACUUAUUAUAACACAUUUCUGACAGAAUCUUAUUAUUUUAACAUUUGAAAUCCACUUGAAUUGCAGUGUUCAGCUCAUAUAUUUGUCAAUAUUUUCUUGGAUUUUUAAAAUAAAAAGAGUGAAUGCUUUCUAACAAAAUGGAACUCUUUAUUUCAGAUUUAUU